AAGAACACUUCCCCAUCUACUACUACUACUACUCCUACUUUGAAUACCUGCUCUUGCUCUUCGCCUCGUUCGUCUCCAAGAAGCUCGAGAGCCGAGGGCUUCUCCGUCUCUUCGUUCAUCUGCUGCUGUGUCUCCCCUGGUGAGGUACGACAAGAUGUUGGAACAUUCGGAGAGUGCAACAGAAAAAAUUAUGAGCAGCAUCAUGGAUACCAUUGCUGAGAACCUUCCUAAGCAGAAAUCUGGGAAAUUUGACGUAGGCGCUGCCUCUGACAAAAUGAAGGAGAAGCUGUUUGGUCGUCAGAAGACCAUUCAUCGAGUUCUGGGUGGUGGAAAGCCUGCUGAUGUGUUGCUAUGGAGGAACAAGAAGAUAUCCUCCAGUGUCCUGGCUCUUGCAACAGCAAUUUGGGUAUUCUUUGAGUGGCUCGACUACCACUUCCUAACAAUUGUUUCAUUUGCCCUUGUCCUUGGAAUGGUUGUCCAGUUCGUGUGGUCCAAUUUCUCAAGUGCUCUAAGCGGAUCUCCUUCUAAAGUACCCCGUGUUGAGCUGCCAGAAGAGCUGUUUGUGAACAUUGCAGUUGCAGUUGGUACCCAAGUAAAUAAGUUCUUGAGUUUUCUUCAGGAUGUGUCUUGUGAAAGAAACCUGAAGCACUUUGUACUGGCAAUCGUUGGACUGUGGGCUGCGGCUGUUAUUGGGGGCUGGUGCAAUUUCUUAACUGUCAUUUACAUUGGAUUUGUUAGCGCUCACACGCUGCCCGUGCUCUACGAGAAGUAUGAAGAUCAAGUUGAUGAUUUCCUAUACAAUAUUCUUGGCCUCCUGCGUGACCAGUAUCAGAAACUUGAUCAAGGUGUCUUGAGCAAGAUACCGAAGGGGAACAUGAAGUUCAAGAAGAGCGAGUAGAUUGUCUGGGUUUUAAGAACUGAAAUCAUAGAUUAGCUGGGUUUUCAUCAGUGGAAUGAAUCAAGAAUUUGUACCAUGCUCAGUUGCGUAUUGCAGACAUUGGUUGUCAGUUGUCAUCUGAGAGCUGUGUGCUUUCCUGAAUGGGGCGCUCAUUUGCUGCAAUCUGAAUUAAUAUUUCAACUGCUCUGCCCUGCAUUUCUUCUGUUAUGUAGUGUUAUUCAAGUGGCUCAA